CUAUGUUUAUAUGUUCUCUAAAAAAUAAAUAAAUAAAUAAACGUCCUGACGUAUGAACGUACGCCUUCCGUUGGUAACCAUCAAAAGUGCGUCUUAGCAACGCUUAGUACACACUGCAGGUUUCGCUUUACUGCGUGGAUUGAACAAGCUGCACAGAAAACACUGUUUUACCCAAAAUAAUUAAGUACAACUGUGAAUUUAACGAAAAUAGAAAAUAGACGAGAAAGAGGAAAAUAAACAGUCUCAUUACAGCUCUCUACCACACAAAAAAACAGGAGAUGGAGGGUGGUGGAAGUGAUGAAGAUCGGUCGGAGUAUCAGAUGAACGAGCAGGAAGAGACUCUUGCACGAGAUAUUCCCACUGAGCAAGAAAGAAAUAAUUUUGAAAUGAUUUUCUCACAAAGUGGAUUAAUUGAGCUGUCAGACAGUCAUGAUGGAGGCACUGAUCACUUUGAGACCAGUGGACCCGUGCUGUUGUCCAACUCUGCAAUAGACAACACGAACACACCUGUUCGACCCCAGCAAAGUGACAUAGAGACAGAAUGGAUAGUCGGAGAACAGGAAAACGAGCAAGAACAGCAACUUGUGGUGAUGGAUCCUGAGCAUCCUCUUAUGAAGAGAUUUCAGGCUGCGUUGAAAAACAACCUAAGUAAUAAACUGGAGAGACUGAACUUUGAUCUCCGUGAGAAGAGGAUAGUGGAGAAAGCAGAGGUUCAGAGGCAUCAGGAACUUGCUGAAGAAGUGUACAUGGUGCAGGAGAUGUUGGCCAAACUCCAGGGGUCUUUGGAAGCCAAUCAUGAAAGCAACGCCCAGGCUGCUUCCCAGCGGAGACAGGCUCAAGAUGAGCUAGAUGCAGUGAAGGAUCAAUACCAAGCCGUCGGUAGUCAAGCACACAAACAGCGUACACAAGUGUCUGAAUUACAAUCGAAGGUGGACAGCAUGGCCCUGGUGUUGCUUUUCAUGCAGAAGUCCAACAGUGACCUGCGCUUGGACAUCCAAGCCACAAUAAAUGCUUCAAACAAAGCCCAGAAAGAGAGGAUUCAAGCGGAGGAGCACAAACACGAGCAGGAUUUUUAUUUGGAUCGCUUGACCAAGCAUGUCGAGAAGCUCUCCGAGCAGAUCGCUCUUUAUGAGGUCCAAAUCACCGCUCAGAGGGAGGAGACCAAGGCUGCGAUGGAAACGCUUUCCGAGGCGCAGCUAGAAGUUGACUCUUUGUUUCUCGAGCGUAAGCAGUUGUUUCAGCAGUGGAACAGCAGCCUGGUAAUGAUGAGAAGGAGGGAUGAAGCCUACAAUUCCAUGCAGGAAGAACUGACGUCAGCCAAUGAUCAAAUGCGUUUUUUGGAAUCAGAGAUCAACGGCUAUAAAACAUCCAUUACACAGGAAGAGGAACAAAAUGAGCAACUUACUCUGCAUCAAAACCGUGCCCAAACUGACUGCACCACCUCACGCAAACUCAUUACACAGUCCCAGAACCAUCAGGGGGUCUUGCAGGCCCAGUACAGCACGUACGCACAAAUGACGCAGGAGACGGAGAAAACACUUAGCAUGCUGCGUGUGGAACAUGCGAUGUAUGAGUCCAAGCUUAAGGCUUUCAGGAAGCAGACUGAGAGAGAGUCUGCAGUGUGGUUGGAACUCCAAGAUCAGGUUAUGAACAAACUACAAGAGCGGUUUACGCAUGAAAACGCGGCAAAGUAUUCAUGUCGACUGACUGAUAAAACCACAGCACAGAGUAGAGAGAAGGAGGCCGAGUUAAUUAAGCUUGAGAAUGGCAUUAAUGCCGUAAAGCUGGAAGGCCUGGAGGCGGUAACGCGCUUGAAUUCUCUGGCCGCGCUACGUGCAGAACUUGAGCAAGAAAUGUCCCAACUACGCUUGUUGCUUUCUUCUCACGAAACGGAGAUCUCUAGACACAUGGCAGAUAUUGAAAGAAAGCAGUCCGUGAUCAGCCUUUUCAACAAGAAGAUCAAGGAGAUCGUAUCAAAUACUGGGCUUGAAGACCUGGGUCCUUUAGAGAUCUGUGCAGCCUCCCUCUGCAAGGAACUGGAGGAAAUUGGUGCGGAGGUCAAAGAACAGCAGCAGUUGUGGCUCUGGCAACAGGGAGAGCUCGUGAGAUUCACAGAGGAUAAGCAGGCUCACAAUUCUUCUCUACACACUCUACGCACACAGCUUACAAUACUUCAACAGACUAAGAUGAGAAGAGAGAGCGAGAUGGAGCAGGAUCAGCGUGAGCUGGAAGAUCUUGAGAGCCAGAUCAAGGCUGGCAUGGCAGACCUGAUGAAAAUCAGUUCUUUGCUGAGUAAGAACAGUGAUCUGAAUCAAGCAUUGCAGCAGAGUAACAGUCUGAUGGAGAAAGAGUUCAGGCUGAAACUCAAGGAGGCCGAGAGGGAGCUGAUUGAGACUCAGCUGAAGCUGGAGCGGUUAAAUAAAGAUAAAGAAGAAGUCGUGAACAGACUAGUGGAGGCGGAGCGACUUCUUAUGCUGUGGGAGAAAAGAACUCAGCUAAUGCAAGAGACUUUGUCUGCCAUAGACUCAGACAUCGGACAGGGAGAAAUACAAACCUUAAGAAAAGAUAUCCACCGCAUGGAGGUGCGAUAUGCUCAGUUAAUAAAGCAGCAGGAGCGGUUGUUGAGAGACAUGGAGUUGGUGGUGGCCAUGCGGGAAACCAUAAUGAUCCGGGGUGAAGCUCAAGUGCAAUCUGACCGUAUGCAGCCAACGCACACAGAAUACCACCACAUUUUCCAGCGUCUCCGCCAAAAGAUUUCACAAACCAAAAGGCAAUCAGAAGAGAGUGGAGGCAUUAUAGCUCAGCUGGAGGAGAGGCGUCAGUCUUUGAGUUCCAGUCUCAGAGAGAAACAAAUGCAUCUCGGUGACCUGCAGAAUACCAGAUCUGUUCUUUUUCAGGACCUCGGUGCAUUACAGGAGACAAAGGAAAGAAACUUAUCUCGUCUGCUCACCCUUCAGAGUCAGGGAAAACACCUGCAGGAUGUUAAGGUGGGACGAUAUCGUACUGUGGCGUCUGAAGACACUGCGCUCCAGCAGACUAAAGAGAAACUAGAGACACGACUGAGUAAGGUCGACUCAAUUCUUCAGCAGUUGACUCGAGAGGUCCCUCAACAUUACAGCACCUUUCACAGGCUCAAUCUCAUACUAAAAGAACACCUGCACAAUGGCUUUUACGACAGCUAAUAAGGACAGAUAUAAAUUACUAAAUAUAUCUGUGCAUGCAUGAUGUGAUGUAUUAGACAACAUCUCACAGAGUGUCAGUUUAUUAACAAAAAUCAUAUUUUGCUUUAAACUGAAUUGUGAAGUAUCCUCAAUAAAAUCUCUUUUGAACAGCC